AUGUCAAAUCUAAACAUUGAAGAAAUAUACAAGGUUUUUAACUCAUUACAUGAAGCAGAAGGCUGCAAACAGUCUGCAGAAGUUCUAUUUAACUCAGUUUUAAAUCAAUUUAAUUCUUUCGAAGUCGCAAAUCAGCAAAACCUCUUAAAUUUCAUCGCAGAAGAGUACAGUUUCUUCUCAGGUAUUAAUGGAGGAUUCGACAAAAUCCAAAAUAUUGCAAAUACAAUGCUUGCAUCAGAUAAUUUGGGAAAUCAGACAACUGCUCUUGCAGUUUUGACAAAGGUUUGGCUCCAAAUUCCUCUUGAAGGAAAGGAAGAUAAGUACAAAGAGUUCAUUAAUAUGUUAUUUACUAAGGCAAACGAUCCAAAUCUUGUUCCCCACCUGAGGAACAUGUAUUCUCAAUGCCUUCACGAGAUUAACUGCGUUAAACCUAAUUCUCUUAACUUACCACCGCAAAAACUCAUGGAAGCGGCAAAUUCAAAUAAUGUCCCGUCAUCUUUUUCACAAAUCGCUUACGAAACAGCAGGCAAGAGUGAUGAGCUUAAAGACUUCUUAGAUAAAAGAUUUUGGUCCAUGUCUCCAUUAGAAUCCGUUUCAUUUUCCCCAGCAUUUUCUCCAAAUUAUCCAGCACCCCCUAACGAUCCACUUUUACUCUUCAACGCCAUCUCUAAUGGCAAAGUUACUAAAGAUACAGCACUUUCCUUGAUCAUCAACCCAUUCUCUCAGUUCGGAACUGCAAAUACGAUUUACGGAUUCAAAUCUCAAUACGAGUUUGACGGAUCCACCUUAUUUACUCCUUUCGAUAAUGACGAGACAAUCGCAAACAAGGUGUCUCUCCUUGCACACAGGAUUUCUACCAUAGAAAAUACGCCAAUUCUUGCGAAAUUUACAGAAAAAACCACUUCACCGGCCAUUAUCUCCUCAGUAUUCAAUCUUGCAUCAAGAUUUCCUCCAAACGACAUCUUCAAUUUCUACAGAAGAUACUACGAAAAGACAGAGAGCUACGAUGAACAGUGGAUCGCGUUAUUUAACCAACUUGAUGCAUCAACGCAAGACACUCUUCGCUGCUUCUUAGUUUCCUAUCCAUCAAGGAGAUCAGCGGCUAUAGCACUAUUGUCAGGACAGUCUGGAAAAGUACCAAUUUCUUGUAUCGAGUCAUUAACAAAAAGUGACAUCAAAAUUUUGGAGCACUUUUCACGGGUGUGUCCAUCGAUUAUUGCCAACAAAGUUCAUGCGAAACUAUUAGAAUUUGGUGCAGUUAAAGAAAAUACACAAACUUCAUCGGGAUUCUUAAGUAAACCACAAUUACUUUCGAUUUCGAGCUGUGUUGUCGAAACUAACUCUGCUACUAAGACAAAAGUUCUUUUAGACCUUUUACCAACACAGAGUAGCCUCGAAUCACCCCUUUACGGAGCUUGUUUCAGAAUAUCUUGUGGAAAUAUCUUCGACCACGAUGAAUCUUAUGUGUUACCGAUCAUCAAGGGAUCAUGCCAAAUCCGUUUCGAGAUGAUGCCAGUGAGAAUUGAGAGCGGACAAGUAGUUGUAACUUGCGAAUUCACAAAUGAAGAAGGAGUUCCUUGUUCUUUCACUGUUGGAAAAAUAAAUGUUGAAGCACAUGAUUUGCUUUCACCAAGUGCUGCUGAUUUCAAGACUGCUUGGUCAGAAGGCGAAGAAUCUCUUGCAAUUCUUAAUGCAAAGUUCCAAACAGUUUUGGCCGCUAUGAACAAGACUGUCAUAGGAAGAAGCUGCGAACGCGAAGAAGGAAGAAUCCAGGCUGUUUUGCAGACACCAACUGGAAACAACGUUGCAGUUGUUGCUGUUGCUUCUGGAAAUCAAACAGUCAUUCAUUUCAGAGCUCCUUCGAUGCAGUUACUGACAAUGAUUGAUGAAUUCGUCCACAAAUUAGAAAAACAACAAUAA